AUGCCUUGCCCAUCAAGAUCGGAUGAAUUGGUUUUCUUUGUGAAUGGGUGGAAGGUGAUCGAGAGGAACGUGGACCCAAAAGUCACCCUGCUGACCUUCUUACAAAAGAACUGGACCCUUUUGAUCCAAGUCUUGGCCGUGAAGUACGCCUGCAGAAGAGGAGGCUGUGGCACCUGCACCGUGAUGGUGUCUAAGCGAGACCCCACGUCCCAGGAGAUAAGACACUUCUCUGUCACCGUGUGCCUGGUGCCCAUCUGCUCUCUGUGUGGGGCUGCUGUCACCACUGUGAAAGGUGUUGGAAGCAUCAAAAUGAGGCUUCACCCCGUGCAGGAGAGGACUGCCGAGAGCCAUGGCACCCGGUGCAGGAUCUGCAGCCCAGGGAUGGUGAUGUCCAUGUACACGCUGCCCAGGAGUCACCCGCAGCCUUCAGAGGAGCAGCUGCCGGCAGCCCUGGGGGGUAAUCUAUGCCACUGCACUGGGUAUCGGCCAAUUCUUGCAAGUGGAGGGACCUUUUGUUUGGAGUCAAAUGGUUGUCAACAGAAAGGAACAGGAAAAUGCUGCCUAGAUCGGGGAGAAAAUGAUUCUUCCUCGCUCGACAGGAAAAGUGACAUUUGCAUGGAGCUAUUUGCAAAAGAGGAGUUCCAGCCCUGACCUUACCAGGAACUCAUAUUUCCCCCAGAACUCUUGAGAAUGGCAAAGAACCCAGAAAAACGAACCCUGGCCUUUCAUGGAAAGAGCGUCACCUGGAUCUCCCCUGGGACCCUCAAGGACCUCCUGGAGCUGAAAGCAAAACACCUGGAAGGCCCUCUCAUCCUGGGCAACACCUCGCUGGGACCUGCGUUGAAAUCUCAAGGACAUUUUCACCCAGUUCUCCUCUCUCCUGCUAGGAUUUCUGAGCUGAUUAUGGUGUCUAAAACAAGUGAUGGACUGACAACAGGUGCUGCCUGUCUUCUGGCCCAGGUCAAGGACAUCUUGGCUGAGAGGGUAUCUGAGUUCCGGGAGAAGACCCAGACAUACCAAGCAUUCCUGAAGCACCUGAAGAGCCUGGCGGGCAGGCAGAUCUGGAACGUGGCCUCCUUAGGGGGACACAUUAUAAGCCGGCAUCGCUAUUCAGAUCUGAAUCCAUUUCUGGCUGUGGGCAACACUAACCUCAAUCUGAUUUCAGAAGAAUAAUCUCGCAUUCCUGCUGCACCUGUGCAGAAAUGCCAUUUUCUUCAACAGAUUCCUCUAAGCGAACAUUUUCUUGCUGGGCUGGCGAGUGCAGACCUGGAGCCGGAGGGAACUGCGGAGUCUGCGUAUAUCCCCCACUCUCAAAAGUGGGAAUCUGUGUCAGCCUUCUGACAGGCUCAGUGCCAGCAAAAUGCCUUGGCCCAUGUGAAUGCUGGCAGGCAAGUCCUCUUCAGGGAGGGCACAGACACCGUCGAGGACCUGAGCAUUGCCUACAGAGGGGUCGGGGCUGCAGUCAGUGCACAAAAAUCCUGCCAGCAGCUCCUGGGGAGGCGCUGGGGUGAGUUGAUGCUGGAUGAGGCCUGCAGGCUGCUCCUGGAUGAACUCUCCCUCCCAGGCUGGGCUCCAGGUGGGAGGGUGGCAUUCGAGAGGACUCUGGUGGUCAGCUUCUUCCUCAAAUUCUACCUACAAGUUCUGCAGGAACUGAAGAAGCUAGUAGAACUGUUCUCUGUGCCUAACAGACGCCGUUAUCCUGAAAUUUCAGACCGAUUCCUAAGUGCUCUAGAAGACUUCCCGGUCACAGUACCCCAGGGAGUCCAAAGGUACCAGAGUGUGGAUUCUCACCAAUCCCUCCAAGAUCCAGUCGGAUGCCCCAUCAUGCACCUACCAGGCCUUAAACAUGGCACAGAUGAAGCCAUAUUUUGUGAUGAGAUCCCCAUGGUGGAUAAAGAACUUUCAAUGGCUUUGGUGACCAGUACCAAAGCCCAUGCAAAAAUCAUAUCAAUUGAUUUGUCCGAGGCCCUUGAACUACCUGGGGUGGUUGAUGUGAUAAGAGCGGAGGACAUUCCAGGCACCAGUGGUACCGAAAAUGACAAAUUGUUGGCCGUGGAUAAGGUACUCUGCGUGGGCCAGAUCAUCUGUGCUGAGGUUGCAGAGACAGAUGUACAGGCAAAGCACGAAAAGAUAAAGGUAACCUGUGAAGAACUGGAGCCCAUAAUCUUCACCAUUGAGGAUGCCAUAAAACACAACUCAUUCCUGUGCCCUGAAAAAAAACUUGAACAAGGAAACAUUGAGGAGGCAUUUGAAAAAGUCGAUCAAAUUGUUGAAGGAGAAAUCCGUGUUGGAGGACAGGAACAGUUUUACAUGGAAACACAGCGAGUGCUUGUUAUUCCAAAGACAGAGGACAAAGAACUGGACAUUUAUGUGUCAACACAGGAUCCAGCCCACGUGCAGAAAACAGUGUCCUCUACUUUAAAUCCCAUCAACAGAAUCGCCUGUCAUGUAAAACAAGUGGGUGGAGGUUUAGGCGGGAAGGUAGGAGGACCAGCUGUAUCAGCUAUUGCAGCUGUGGGCACUAUCAGAACUGGUCACCCCAUUCGUCUUGUUCUUGAUUGUGAAGAUGAUACGUUAAUAACUGAGAGAAGACACCCAUUAUUUGGAAAAUAUAAAGUGGGAUUCAUGAACAACAGGCGAAUCAAAGCUCUAGACAUUGAGUGCUUCAUUAAUGGAGGGUGCACACUGGAUGACUCGGAGCAGGUAGUAGAAUUUCUUAUACUGAAGCUGAAAAAUGCAUAUAAAAUCCCCAACCUCAGGUUCCAGGGCCAUGCGUGCCUGACAAAUUUACCAUCUGACGUGGCCUUUCGCAGAUUUGGCUUCCCACAAGGAACCCUGGUAACAGAAUCUUGCAUCACAGCUGUGGCAGCCAAAUGUGGCCUUCCGCCAGAAGAGAUUAGGGAGAAAAACAUGUACAGAACAGUUGAUAAAACCAUCUACAAACAGGCAUUCAACCCUGAAACCCUGAUAAGAUGUUGGAAUGAAUGUCUGGAAAAGUCUUCCUUUCACAACAGAAGAAUGCAAUAAGAAGAAUUCAAUAAGAAGAAUUACUGGAAGAAGAGAGGCAUUGCUAUGAUCCCCAUGAAGUUUUAAGUCGGAUUUGCUGCAACAAGAUAUCAUCAGGUAAGUCUUGUAUUUCAUAUCUACACCGAUGGGUCCGUAUCGGUCACACAUGAUGUCAACGAACUGGGACAAGGUAUUUACACCAAAAUGCUACAAGUGGCCAGCCGUGAAUUAAAAAUACCCAUGUCAUACAUGCACAUCUGUGAAACAAGUACAGCCAUGGAACCUAAUACAAUUGCUACAGCAGCAUCCAUUGGCUCAGAUGUCAAUGGCAGAGGCGUACAGAAUGCUUGUCAGAUUCUUCUGAAACACCUUGAGCCCAUCAUUAAGAAAACUCCAGAAGGUACCUGCAAAGACUGGGUAAAAACUGCUUUUGAACAAAUAAUCAGUCUUUCAGCCACUGGAUACUCCAGGGGCUACAAGGCCCUCAUGGACCGGGAGAAAGGAAAAGGAGACCCUUUUUCCUACUAUGUCUAUGGAGUAACCUGUUCCAAGAUUGAAAGUGACUGCCUGACAGGAGCUCACAAGAAAAUCAGAACAGACAUCAUCAUGGAUGCAUGUUGCAGUCAAAAUCCGGCCACUGAUAUUCGGCAAGUUGAAGGUUUAUUUAUUCAGGGAAUGGGCCUUUAUACCACUGAAGAGGUGAAAUACUCCCCAGAAGGUGUCCUGUGCUCUCGAGGUCCAGAUGAGUACAGAAUUCCAACCAUCAGCGAUGUCCCAGAGGAGCUUAAUGUCUCCACGUUGCCAUCAUCACAAACCCUGCUAACCAUCUAUUCAUCCAAGGUAAGCAUCCAAACCUACUACUACACAAUGUGAUGGAUCAGGUAGCUUGGUCAAUGAAAGCAGGUGGACGAAAUACAAGAUAGAGGUCAAUGGUUAUCAGGACCCAAUCCCGAUAAACUGUUACCAUUUGGAGAUGAAUCACCUAGAGAAAAGUGAGAUUCAGAGAAGAUAAAUGAUCUGCCCAAUGGCAAUCCUGGGAUUUUAUUUAUUAAUAUUCUUUUUCACUGAAAACUCUAAAAUUCAGCAAGAAGCUUUGAUUUGAUAGAAUAACAUUUUCACUUAAGACAUUCUCACUUAAGAACCUGAAGACUGAAAUAUUAAAUGGGAUUGAAGGCACGAUGCUACUGAAAUCUUAGAAAGCAGCGGCAGCAUGGACACAAUCCCGGACUGAGGGCUCAGAAGACCUGGAUUCCUGCCCAGCUCUACCAAUUCCCUAUGAUGUUAAGCAAACCACUCACCUCUGAGGGGCCCAGAGUCCUCAGUCAUACUGAGAAAUGGAUCUAAAGCAGCAUUUCU